AGAGAGAGAGAGAGAGUGUGUGUGAGUCGUGUGCGGGGAUGGCAGCGCUUAACGGAGCCCUGGAGAACGGGCAGACGGAGAAGAAGGCUGCUGGGCCCCUCCCUCACCCGAUCAGGAACUUGGAGGUCCAGUUUACCAAGAUAUUUAUUAACAAUGAAUGGCACGAAUCGAAAAGUGGGAAAAAAUUCCCUACGUUUAACCCCUCGACAGCUGAGAAGAUCUGUGAAAUUGAAGAAGGUGACAAGCCCGAUAUCGAUAAAGCGGUUGAAGCAGCAAAAACAGCUUUCCAAAGUGGAUCUGUCUGGAGACAAAUGGAUGCGGCCAGUCGCGGAAGACUUCUAAAUAAAUUGGCCGACCUGAUUGAGCGAGACAGAGAGGUGUUGGCA